AGAAGUGAGCCUCGACUGCUGUGUGAUAUAAUCAUACACAUGCGUACACUAUCCGCUGCUGCUGUGUGCUGUAAGGACGUAACGACAGACAGGCAGGACGUUUUGACAGAUACUGGACCACAACAGUGUUGUCUGACAAACUCUGGGUUAAAGGUCACGAGGUGUAAACAUGAUUUCACCUGUCCGGGUCAUCGUGGUGGGAGCAGGCUGUCGAGGAGAGAUCUACUCUAAGUUUGCCACCGUCCAUCCUGAACGAGUACAGGUUGUAGGAGUUGCGGAUCCAAGAAGAUUUGCUCGCUCUAAACUUCAACAGCAGCACAAGAUUGUGGAUGAAAACAUAUUUGAUGAUUGGCACAGAAUAGCUGACAGAGAGAAGUUUGCAGAUGCUGUUUUAGUCUGUACACCAGACCACCUUCACAAGGAACCUGCCAUGGCCUUUGCAAAGAAAGGUUACCACAUUCUGCUGGAGAAACCAAUGGCAACAACAGCUGAAGACUGCAGGGCGAUUGUGGAGGCUUGCACUCAGAGUGGUGUGAUCCUGUCUGUGGGUCAUGUUCUGCGGUAUGACCCCGUCACUCGCAAAAUAAAGGAGCUGAUAGAUGCUGGAGCCAUAGGUGACGUGAUCCAUAUUCAACACUUGGAGCCGGUUGGGUUUUAUCACUUUGCACACUCAUUUGUUCGAGGGAACUGGAGGAAUGAAGCUGAGAGCUCUUUUGUACUUUUGGCCAAGUCAUGCCACGAUAUCGACCUAAUACAUGACUGGGCUGGAGCUCGCAGGUGUGUGAAACUGUCGUCAUUUGGAUCCCUCAGCCACUUCCGAAAAGACAAAAAGCCACCAGGAGCUGCAGAUCGCUGCCUUGAUUGUUCAGUAGAAAAAGACUGUCCAUACUCGGGAUGUAAAAUCUACCUGGACAGAGUGAAACAGGGACACACUGGCUGGCCUGUGUCAGUCAUAUGUACGAGCUCUUUGCCAGACAUCGAGUCAGUAACAGAAGCACUGAAGACUGGACCAUAUGGCCGCUGUGUGUAUGAAUGUGACAACGAUGUUUGUACUAAUCAGGUUGUCCACAUGGAGUUCGAAGGGGGUCUGACAGCAUCCUUUUCCAUGGUAGCUUUCACCAAGGAAAUGUGCAAGCGAAAAACAACCAUCUAUGGCAGCAUGGGGGAGCUGUCGUACAAUGGGCAUGAGGUGAGCGUGUUUGACUUUGUGACCCAGAGAACUACAAAGCACACAGGACUGGAUAAUGCUCCGAAUCACUUUGGCAUGAGUGGGCACGGUGGAGCAGAUUACCACCUUAUGGAUGCCUUUAUUUCUGCAGUAGCAAACAAUGAUCCGUCCCUGAUCCGGUCGGGUCCUGAGGAGACGUUGCUGAGCCAUUUGCUGGUGUUUCAAGCAGAGCAGUCACGUCUGGAGGGCAGAGUCGUGUACUGUGAUGAGAUGAUGCAAAGCUAGAUGGGGAAAAAAAAACAAAAAAACCCACUAUGACAUCAAGAUAUUCCUCAUUGUAAAUGUCAAACGCUGUGAUUAUAAUACAUGUUAUUACCUCAGCCAAGGAGGUCAUGUUCUUGGUGAGGUUUGAAUGAAGACCAAAUUUUGAUUGUGCUGCCAUUGCUCAUGAAUGUUGAAUACUGUGUCCAACUGACCAAGGCUGAUUUUGUUAUAACCAAAGGAUAUGGUGAGAUGGAGGUAGAUGAUGCACUCAAAAGUACAAAAAUGUGAUUGUUGUUCAGCAAAUUUUCACAAUAGGAUUCAAUUUUGAUUAAGUCAUUUUUACUAAAAACUCAUUUUAAAUUGCCUUUGAUUCAUUGUCUGAUUUUAAUGUGGCUUUUCCCACCUGUGUCAUCAUGCAGAAUAUAUACACCAAUAAAACAGGGAACUGGUUUAAAUGUUUUAGAAUUAAUUAAUUAAUUUUGCAUUCUUUAGUGUAAUUUAAAUGAUAUUUUGAACUUCGUGGCCCACUGACACUGAUCACUUCCAACAUUAUUUGUUCAUUGUUGUGGCUCAUUGGUGAAUCUCAGGAAAUGUAUGAUUGCUGUUGUGAUAAAUUACUUCACGAAGGGCUGAUGUUUUUACUGUUAACCUUUAAUAAACCAAAGACAAUAAUUACUGGAAUAAUUCUGUAAAAUGUGUAUGCACAUUAAGUGUGAACCAAAGCACUCAGUUAUACGACACAGUUUGUUUGUGCAAAUCUUCCUGUGCAUUCAUUGAAUUUUAAUUCUGUGAUGUAAAUCAUCUGUGCUUAAUGGCUCUGCGAUAUUGUUUUUUCUCAUAAAGUAGAGUUGAUUUAUAGAAGUUCUUAAGGAAUGAUACAGCUUAUUAGAAACUGACUUCUUUUUUUUACUGUAAAAUUUAAGAAAAUAUGUUUGAAAUAUAUACUGUGGGAUUGGGUCAAUGCUACAAUUUAUUAUCUAAUAAGGUUUGUUUCAACAAUCA